CCACUCCUCCGUUAGCACACGGAUGCUGCUGAUGACAGCUAACAGUUAGCUGGUGUUUUAGCUACUUGGAAAGAUGGCUGGGGACUUCCGAGGCUUCGCGCUGGAAAAAGCUGAACUGCUUUCCAGCCGUUUGAAGGAGGUCCUGUCUUCGGGGCAGGGGUUUGUUCGGGCUCAGUUCGGGGUGGAUUUGGGUCUGGAGCCCGAGCUGUACCCGACGUGGGUCAUCCUGUCCACGGCCGCGGUGGGUCUGCUGCUGCUGCUCGCUCUGUCCUGGGCCGCCGCCGUCUGUGGCGGGGCGCUCGUCGCGAAAAAGCGGGGAUCCCCGGUCAUCCGAGGCAGCUGUGAGCCCGAGAAGGCCAAUUUAGCUAAAACGGCCAAACCAGAAGAACAGAAGAAGAGGAACAAGAAGAAAACGCUUGACAAGAAGAAUCAAUCCAACGGACAACCAGUGGCUGUACCUCAGGAGGAAGUUAAAGUGACUGAGGCAGUUUCCAAGCCAGCCCCGCAGAUCAAAACUGAGAAGGUGCAUGAGGUACAGGCCCCAGUGCAGGUGAAAAAGAACAAGAAGAAAACCAAGACAGAUGUGAAACCGGUUCAGCACGUGUCUACAAAUGACGGGAAGGAACCUGACGAUGGCGCAUGGGAGACCAAAGUCAGUAACCGAGAGAAGAAGCAGCAGCGUAGAAAGGACAAGGGCUCUGAGGACUCUGGUAGUCCAGGAGGGGUGGAGGCUCCAAAGGGAAAUGUGGAGGCUCAUGUUGCCCCAGCGCCUACCAAAACCAGGAAGAACAGAGGAAACCACGAGUCCCUGCAUUCAAGAGCCACUGGGAAAGGGGAUGCAGCCAGUGGAGCUGUGUCUACCAGCUGGAGAGAGGAGCCUUCAGUCAAUGGUGGAGGUUUGACUGACAUUUCCAUGAAGAUCCCUGGACAGAUGGGUCUCAUGGAGGGAACCAAGUGGAGUACAUCUACACAUUACAGGGCCCCACCUAAACGCCAGUCCUGGGCACAGGAGCCGCAAGCGGUUUGGGGUGGCAUUGAUGGCCGAAUAAAGGCUGACCUCAACCCUGUGUCCUUGUCCAUGCUGGGUCGAAACACCAGAGAACCAAUGUCAAAUUCAAUGGAGAUGCAGUUGGCGAGCCACGCUGAUGUUGAUGAUGAAUGGUCUGGAUUCAAUGGAAUAGCAGCAGUGGACCCCAGCUCCGACUGGAACGCCCCAGCAGAGCACUGGGGAAACUAUGAAGAGCCCCCUCUGUUGGUGACACCAGCACCUCCACCAAAGGAACAACCUGUCCCCCACAAGCUAUCAGAGGAUGAGAAGGACACCGAGGAUCCCUCCAGUGGAGCAUCCAAAUCCAAGAAGAAGAGAAAAAAGAAGAAGAAAGCUGAAGAGGAGACUGCCACUGAGGCUCAGCCGGUGAGCAGUGCACCCCAAGAACUUCCUGUGCCGGCCUCCAAAAAGCAGAAUCCCAGCAUAUCCUCCUCUCAGAAGAAGUCUGAGCAGAUUGCUGAGCCUCCGAAGCCCUCCCAGAAGAAAAAGGCCCGAAAAGAAACAUGAAGUCACAUCACAGGUCCCUACAAAGCAUAUGCAAAUGAUUGUUAAAAGUGUCACAUGCAAUAAUUACCAGGUACAGAGUUUCUUUCUGAGACACAUCAGCAGUUUAUCAGUUACCGGAACAAAAAGAAAACAAGCAGUGGGUGUUACCUGCUUGGCUAAAUAUAGUGGUGAAAUGUGGUCCUAUGGACUGAAAUCUUAAAACUAAUUUGCACUAUUUGCUACACUGCAACCAGAGUGGAGUUUCUGGGGAUGUGGACUUGCAGUGGAGGUACGUGUUUAUGUAAUUAUUUUUUAAGGCAUCAAAAGUGUUUCUUCCCCUCCGUGCGUGUGUUUAUAAUUGUUAAUCCAAAAAUACAAAACAGAUUUUAUUUUUAUUUUUUUUGUUUAUAUGAAAAUUUUAGUUAAAAGAGACAUGUGAUUUUUGCUUCCCAGAAUAUUGCACUUUGUUUUGUUUACCUUGCUGCUGCUGCUCCUAUAUCAAUUACUGAAAUGUGUGGGAGCAAGCUGCAUGUGAGGGCUGGUCUCAGAUCAGAAUAUAUAAGUCUGUCUCAGUACAACUCUCACGUGCCCAUAUGUACGUUGAAAGAGUUAAGGGUUGCUGUAAUUAUCUCCCCUCUCCAUUCUGGCCAUGAAGUGAUGCCCUCAUAGAGCAACUGCAAAAUCCACUCUUCUUUUUAUUGAUGAGAAACUUACACAAAGCCUUAUAUUAGUUUUGGCUAAUAACAUAAGACUGCACCUAAAAUGCAUUUUCUACCCCAUUUCCUGCAGCGUUGUCGCUCUACGAAGGUGUCGGUGCACGGCCAGUAUGGACAGCAGAAAUCAGCAACCUAUAACUCUUUAAGCGCACAGAUUGCAUAUGACUGUUGUGUUAAGAUAGAUUUGACUUUUCUUUUGAGUAUAAAAGCUCCAUCAGAAAGAGUGGCAGCUGUGGUCAGGUUGAAUCCUGUGUCAGUGACAGUGGUGAGAAGUUUCACAGCCAAAAAAAAAGUAUCUUUUCCAUAGAAACUUCUCCACAACCAGUCGUGCAGCGUAAUCCACCUCUUCACUGUCCAUCCAUGUGAUCUAAACAUUUAUUGUUUUUCCAAAAUAUGGUUAGAUACACUAAUGCCUGCGCUUCACAGCUGUGGGGAGAAACAUAGCUCUGCACUGAAGCUGUGUAUUUAGUCAGAUUUUAUUGAAACUAUGGCAGUUUGGAGCACACCGACAGCUCAGACGUCACUGAUUCAUGACUUAUGGAUCAGAGCAGGUAAUGUAAACUGAUCCAGGAUUCACAGUGGGGACUGUUGGUGUAGAGAGCACAGUAACUGAUCUGAACCACCAGGAGGCACUAAUGUGAAGUAAAGGAGUAGUGGGAUUAUCUGAUAAAGCAGUAGCACCAUUAAGUGUUGUCCCUCUACCUUUAUCAUUCUGAGUGCAUCUGUCUUUAUCUGACUAGACUGUGUGUUGAUUUUUUUUAGAGAAUUGAUUUUUAAAAAAAACAUUUUUCUUCAGUUUUUUGUGCUAGAGAAAGCCAUGCCAUAUGUACAGAUUGUAAGGGCUUUUUCCAGUUCUGUGAUUGCACUGUGCAAACGGCUAUGUGGAGUUCCUUUUUGAUGUCGAUGAAUUGUUUUUUUACUACCUUUUUGCGGAAUGUGAAAUGUGUAACUUUUUUGGUUGUUACAUGACUUCCAGGAUGUAUGAUGGGGGAUUUUUUUGACGAAUUGAGAAUGAAGACAUACAUAUACAUAUGGAGCAGCUUUACUUCCACAUGAAAGUUGGUUUUAAACAAGAUACACGCACACACACAAUUACACAUAUAUAAAAGGAAUUUUAUUCCAUUGCCUUAACCUGUAGUUGUAUAGAAAGUGCAUUGGCAUCCCUUUUUAUAGUUUCCAUCCAAUUGCAAGUUUUGAUGUCAGAAAUUAAUUUCAUCUUGCAUGACUUUGAUAAUAGUACUUGUGUACAUGAAAUUAAAUGAACGAUUUCUUGCUUUAACUGUUAGUUUGGGUCCUGGAGUACCACUCGGUGUAUAUACUGUAAUAGCUUUUUUUAAUGAGACAAGUUGCAGCUUUUCUGUGGGCAUCCAAUUUAGCGGACAUUAACAGGAGUCCGUUGUUGUAGGCAAAGAGCCUUAGUGCUUCAAGGUGUUGAUCAGCUGGUGUUGGUAGACCUGAUAGAACAAAAUGAUAUGUCGCUGUGGCUUCAGGCGCCCUUUGUUUAAUUUUUACUGAUGAUUUACGAUUGAUUCAAUCAAUGUAUUUAUAUACUUGUCACUAGGAAAUGGUGAUGUGAAUGAUUUUGUUUAACAAGGAGAUAAAAAUGAUAUUUCUGUUUGUUUGGUGAAAAUGAAAAAUAAAUGAGACAUGCUUGAUAUCACA